AUGAUGCACAACAAAGCCUGCAAACAAUUUGCUGAAGACAAGCAGACUAAGGACAUGGAUUACUGGAAACAUGUCCUGUGGUGCAUGUGUGGCAGCAAACAGCAAUCAGUCUUAAAGAGAAUUCAUGUUUUGGGAGCAUUACUGGCUUUCUUCCUUGGCUUGGCCUACUUCUGGGUACAGCUGUUUCUGACCUAUCGGGCUCAGGACCGAAGCUGGGCUGGGCCUGCCAGGGCAACCUGCUGCACCCUCUAUACCGUCCUGGCCAUUGCAUCUAUUUUGAAAGGCUCCUCAUAUUGUUUGUGACCUCAUAACCAAUAAAACAGGAACAGGUAACUACAGACAGAGAGGUACAAAAGGAAGGGGCUGAGAAUACAAACAUGAACUACAUCUCACAUUGCGCUCCACAAUACAAGCUAUCCCUCUGGGGCUGCUGUGUGUGAAUGAGCCUUGGUCAUAUUGUUCUUCUGCCUGUUUGGCCUUUUUGCAGCUAAGUUCAGACACAUCGACUGCCACCACCUCACUGUACCAAAACAAGCUCCUGAGGAUGACUACAGUACUGCCUUAGUAGAAAUGAAUGGUUAUUUAGCUGAAAACACACAUACAAUUACGAACAAGUGCACGUGUUUCAAAAACAACAAUCUUCUUUGGCUGUACCUAAAGUUGCCAUAUUUCUUUCUUUACAAUGCCUGUGCACUAGAUUCAUAAUGGACACAUUCAAUUACUGUAUAGAGUAUUGCUUAUUUAUUGUCUGUCAGUCACUCAAAGAGGAGUUUCUGAUAUUACUAUUAUGUAUUUGGCAUUUUGAAAGAUGCAGUAUUUACAGAUGUGUUUGAAAGCUGUAUAUUUGUAUAUUUUAACUAAAGCUGUACUUUAACCUUUUUGAACAUUUCAUCUCAUACUCUGUUUAAAGUGUUUAUAAGAUGAAUCAUUUACCUUUUAAUGCUGUCUUGCCAUUCCAUGAUGAACCCAUAGGGACAGUAAAGAGCACAUUAUAUCUCCAUUUCUUUUAAAAUGUAAAGUUUGGUUUACUCA